AUGAAUUAACUUGCAGGUAACAACCCUGAAUCAGACUAAGGUGCUAUUGAAGUUGCCUUCCCAGGAGAAUACAGAAAUUUCGCUCCUAUUGGAAGAGGUUCCUAUGCAAAAGUGUAUAGAGCAGAGACAGAAAAAGGAGAAUUGGUGGCUAUAAAGGUAGAUAAUUUAAAAAUCUAUAUAGGUGAUUGAUUUGAGAAAUAUGCAAAAGGAGAUCAUACCUUAUAUGUAAAAUGAGAUGAAAUUAUUAUCAGAGAGUGACAAUAGAAAUGUUAUUAGAUUGUUUAAGAGUAAUCAAACUAGUUCCAAAUUAAUUUUGAUUCUGGAGGUAAUUAAUAACUCAAAUUUUAGUACUGUUACUUAGAUGUUGAAUUUAUGGUGAAAAGAUUUUAUAAAGGAAAAUUGCCAGAUGAAUUGGUUUUGAUCAUAUUGAGAUAGCUUGCAAAUGGAUUAUCCUAUUUGCAUAGGAAUAAAAUUAUUCACAGAGAUCUGAAAUUAGAAAACUUCGCUGUGUAAUUGAGCUAAGAAGACUAGAAUGCCUUAUAGACAAGAAAUGAUACCAGUGUAUUUGAAAGAGCAACCUAUAAAUUGAUUGAUUUAGGGUUGGCCAAGAAGCUAGGAGAUCUUUAGAGUUAAACAAGCACUUGGGCAGGAACAGAACUAAAUAUGGGUAUCUAACAACAUAAUAAAUUAAGCUCCUGAAAUUUUAAAUGAACAAAAGUAUUCAUUCUAAGCCGAUAUGUACAGUCUUGGAGUCUGUCUAUACUACAUGUUAGUAGGUAAAUAUCCCUAUUUCGAUCCAACAAAUAGAACUCCACUAUAAGACUUAAUUAAAAAGGAGAAUGCCGAUUUAAAUUUGAUUGCUAAUCUUUAAUUGAGAGAAUUGAUAAGAAAAAUGCUUAAAUAUGAUCCAAAACAAAGACUUACAUUUUAAGAAUUAUAUCAACAUGAAUUUUUCAAGUAUAGAGAAGGGGAUUUAUCCAAUCCAAUUGAUUUAGAACUAAAUUAAAAUUAAGUCAUUUAUUCUGGAAAAAUAGAAGAAUCCGUUUUAGAAUAUGAACAAUAAUAAAAUAAAAGUCAAGUAAUUCAAAAAGAGGAUGAAUAUAACUCCCUAAAUUAAUAAAACUUGUAUCAAGAUGAAUCUCACCAAUUCGUAUAACCUUAAGUACCACAAUAAGAUUAAGGAUAAUCAAAUGAGUUUUCUGGUCCGGAUAUAAAGAACAUUUUUCCAUCCAGCAAGUUUGAUCCUUAAAAAAAACAAAAUGAUCAAAUCAUGCAACUAUACCAUAUAAGAAAUUAAUAUAUAGCAAUUUUGAAAUUGGCUGAAUAUCUUUAACAAAUAAUACCUUUAGUUAAAAGCUCUAAGCUUAAUUUCAUGACUAUGGAAUCAAAGUUUUCAAUGUAUAUAGAAUAUCUAAAGAUGGUUGCUAAAUAAUUAUUCUUAAAGUUAUAAUAAAGAUUCAAUUUCUUUUAAGCAACUUUAGGCUCAUAUGAUAGAUUUUAGUUAUUGAAAAAGUAAGUACAACAAGAAGAUCAGCCAAAACUUCAAGAGGUUAAAGUUAGAGAAGGGGAUGCUUAGGGAUGGAUGUCAUGGGUAAACAAAACUGUAUUGAAGAAAAUUAAUUGUGAACCUCAUGAUUCAGCCAACUUUAAUUAUUAAUACUAACAAAUCAAUAUUGAAUUGUAUAAAGAAUUGCUUAAGAUGUUGCAAGAUACUUUUUAUUAGUAUUUGGACGAUUCUGAUCCUAAAUUAAAAAGAAUUAAAUGUUUACUCUACUUAUCCAUGAUAAAUACUGCUAGAUCUAGAGUGUUAUUCUAAGUGGAACUUUAAAAUGUAGAUUAUAAAGCAGAAGAACUCCUAUUAACAAAGGCUCGUGAUGAACCAGAUAUUCUUUCAGAAAAAGUAACUGCAAUCUUAGCUUAAUUUAGCUUAUAAUAUAACUGAGAUUUUAUAAUAAUUAAGUUUGCACAAAGAAUUUU